UAGACAGAAACAAUGGCCAAUGUGUGCAUGGCCCCCUGUUGCCAGGGGGAACAGUGGGGUUUUAUUGGUCGGUUGAACUAGUUUGAAGGAAGGUAUACUAAUCUGAUUAGCAAUGGCUUCAAAUCGGCUCCUCUAAUCCCACAGCACAUGCUGGUGCAAGCUAAAGGCUCCAAAAGUUCCGUACUGGAUACAACCUUUUCUUUGAACUCUCAUCGUUGUUUGGUUCUGUCUGACUGUGUUUGGAUCUACUCUUUGGAAAGUCUUACACUAUACACCUAGAGUAUUAUAAUAUUCUGCCCAUUCAAGACGGACCUCCUGAUCCGUUAUAUCUCGAUGGAUUAGGAUUCCUGAAUGCUUACGGUUUUGCAUUGGGCCACUGCAAGAACAAAACAGUGAAGAUGUUGCGUAGGAAAAGUGAGUUUUUCGUUUUCAUGGACAGCGUUCGCUCGUCUAGAUCUGAGCCCGUUGAGGAGGACAAGUUACAGUCGAGUCCGUUUGACGAAUAUCUGCAGGUGCUACUUGAUAUGAAGAUCACCAGCAAUGAUCAGUUUGACAACUUGGAGAAACACACACAGUGGGGAAUCGAAUUUGUCGACCGGUACUCUAAAUUCGUCAAGGAACGAUCAGAGAUUGAAACCAGCUAUGCAAAGCAAAUCAGGAAUCUAUCGAAGAAGUAUCAACCCAAGAAGAACUCACGAGAGGAAGAGGAGAACAGGUACUCUUCCUGUCGAGCCUUUGUGUCCACCCUCAAUGAGCUGAACGACUACGCCGGCCAACAUGAGGUCAUCUCGGAGAACCUCACCGCCAACAUCGUGGCUGAGCUCGCGCGCUACCUCCAAGAGCUCAAGAGCGAGAGAAAGUCGCACUUCCACGACGGACGCAAGGCGCAGCAGCAGAUCGAGAGCUCGUGGAAGACGCUGGAAGCAUGUAAAAGAAAAUUUGAGAGGGACUGCAAAGAGGCGGAGCGAGCACAGCAGCACUUUGAGAAGAUGGACGCCGACAUUAAUGUGACGAAAGCGGACGUAGAAAAGGCUCGCCAGCAGGCUCAGGUCAGGCACCAGAUGGCUUCGGACAGCAAGAACGAAUACUCGGCCUACCUGCAGAAGUUCAACCAGGAGCAAAACGACCAUUAUUACAGCGUCAUCCCCAACAUAUUCCAGAAAAUCCAAGAGAUGGAGGAGAAGAGGAUUGAGCGGGUGGGAGACUGCAUGAAGACGUUCGCCGACGUCGACCGCCAGGUGCUGCCCAUCGUGGGGAAGUGUCUGGACGGCAUGACCAAGGCCGCAGAGUCCAUCGAUGCCAAAACUGACUCCCAGCUGGUGGUGGAGUCCUACAAAUCCGGGUUCGAGCCCCCGGGAGACGUGGACUUUGAGGACUACGGCCAGGCCAUCACGAGGACGACGUCGGAGACCAGCCUGUCCAACCCCAGGGAGAGCAAGGAGAAGCCGGGCGGGAAGAGCAAAGGCAAGCUGUGGCCUUUCAUCAAGAACAAGAACAAGCUUAUGUCCCUGUUAGUAUCCCCCCACCAGCCCCCCCCAGCCCCCCCUACCUCAGCCCCGCCCUCACCCUCUGCUGUUCCCAACGACUCCCAGUCUCCCAAGCAGCACAAGGAGCCCCUCUCCCACCGUCUCAACGACUUCAUGGCUUCAAAACCCAAAAUGCAUUGUCUCAGGAGCCUGAGGCGUGGGCUUUCUCUCAAGCUGAUCACCCUCAAUUCCCACAUCCGGAAUCUCAUUGAGGGCUCUGGACCAGAAGACUUCAGCCACCUGCCGCCGGAGCAGAGGAGGAAGAAGCUGCAGGGGAAGAUAGACGAGCUGAACAAAGACAUACAGAAAGAGAUGGACCAAAGGGACGCCCUGACCAAGAUGAAGGACGUGUACGUGAAGAACCCGGCCAUGGGGGACCCGGCCAGCGUGGACCCCCGCCUCGGGGAGUUAGCCCAGAGCAUCGAGAAGCUCCAGUACGAGGUGCAGAAGUUUGAGGGCUGGCUGGCCGAGGUGGAGGGAAGGAUGCCGUCAAAGAGUGACCCCCAGAAGAGACAGAGCGGGCUGUACCAGACCACCGGCCAGAACAACACCCCCAUGGGGAGCAACUGUGCCCAGGACAGAGAGAGCCCGGAUGGUAGCUACACGGAGGAGCAGAGCUCAGAGACUCAGGUCAAGGCCCAGGCCCCGAGUGCCAACCCCGGGCCCCUCCCCACCUCCAGCACGCCCGAGUUUGACGACGAGUUUGACGAGGAGGAAGCCCUGCCCACCAUUGGCACCUGCAAAGCCCUGUACCCCUUUGAAGGUCACAAUGAAGGAACCAUCUCGGUGGCAGAGGGGGAGCUGCUGUUCGUCAUCGAGGAGGACAAAGGGGACGGGUGGACCCGCGUGCGCCGCAACGAGGACGAGGAGGGCUACGUGCCCUCGUCCUACGUCGAGGUCUUUUUGGAAAGCAACGCCAAAGAUUCCUAAAAGUGUGAGGCUGGUCGGGGAAUGGCAGGGCAAGCAGCCUGGGAGAAAGCCACCGUUUUCCUCGAGCGAGAAAUAUAAAAUAGAACAGAACGCUGAUCUUUAAGGAUUCAACCAAUAACAAAACAGUUGAAACUGACACCGAAACAGUUUCCGAAUUCUGUAGCGUUAAACUCAAGCCGUGUGAGAACAAACACAUUUCACAUCACACCUAGACGACAACAAUCACCGAUAAUGUUACCUUUCUACAAUUAAUAUUAUUCUUAUUACUAUUAUGAUUAUUAUAAUUUGCGUCUUUUUAGCCGUGCUUUGCUUCAUGACCCAACUAACUCCGUGCCGUGCGUGGUCUUGACAGCAGCUCUUGGCUUUCUCGCUCCGAAUGCCCCACCCCCAAGUCAACCCCCACCCCAACCCGAAACAGGCAGGGGGAGGGCGUGGUCAGAGAAAGGCCGAGGACGACCACCCAGAAUGCCAUUUUACCUCAUAUGAUCGAAGCAUUGGAAGAAGCCCGCCACUCCCAUCCUACCACGUGUGUGUGUGUGUGUGUGUGUGUGUGUGUGUGUGUGUGUGUGUGUGUGUGUGUGUGUGUGUGUGUGUGUGUGUGUGUGUGUGUGUGUGUGUGUGUGUGUGUGUGUGUGUGUGUUCGGGAGCCUAUCUAUGAGCAAGGCCACGCCCACCUCAUCACCACUCAUUCAAGUCCCUCCAAAGUCAGCUCCCCUGAUGUUUUCUUUUGCCGUUUUCAACCGAGCGUGGUUCUAACUUAUCGGACUGGAUCUGACCACGUAUUCCACGUGUUUCCCAACUGCAUGAGUACUCCCCAUGCCCCUCAUUCCCCAUGCCACACUAUGUAUGGCAUGGUUAUCAACACAGGGACAUGAAUGCCACCAUUGGUUGAAAGGACGAUGGAUCCACAUCACUGACCACCUCCACCUUUGAGUCUUCCUCACUGCCUCGCCGCGGGGGUGUUUGUCCGUCUCUCUCUGACCACACCCACUAAUCACCUCCUCUCCCCCAAAUCCCAAGAACCCAGCCUCAGGCAGCAGAGCCUGAGCGUGUUGCCCCCUGGGGUGGGGGGGCUGUACUGCAUGCUUGCCCUGUCUCCUCCUCGCUGCUGAAAGACCAGCGGUCCCCCCCUCCCUCCACAGCCUCUGGUCUUUCUGCUAACCCCCCCCCCCUCCCAAUGCCUGUCUUGUCUUUUUUAAUGGAUUAAUGAACCUGUGACGCCGCCUUUGUUUCGGGGUUCUGUGCCUGUGGUCGUCUUUUUACUGUUUGUUUUUGUGUUUUUACAGUUUUUGUUUUGUUUUGUUCUCUGUCUGUCCGUUAGUGAUCGAACCACAACGUUGUUUGAGAAAUCAUGUCUGUUUGUCUGUUUUUUUUUAUUAACGGUUGACUGCAGUGAUUUUAUUUUUUUAAUCCAGUCACUGAUCACACUGCCACACACAGUUUAGAGACCAAGCCGAUAUGAGGGUGAUGUGGCGCCUGACAUGUGGUCCACUCUCUUCUGUUAUACUGUAGAUGAACAGUGUUAUGUGUUUGUAUGUGAUAUGUGGAGUGUUGAACCAUGGUUUUAGUUUACAGGUAUCCCUGUGUGGACGCAGGCGUUACGAUCGCCCCCACAUGAGACAAACAAUCCAAAAACAACUAAGCCCCGAAUUAAAAAUCAUCAACAGUAUUGAUCACGUCCACAGCCUGGUCUGCUACUGUUUAUUGUAUAUUGUAUAUAAUUAUGUACUGUGAUUAACUCCCUGAUCAUUUCUCUGCGUCUGUGGUGGGAAACAUGAGACAUUAGCAAUGUGUAUGGAGUAUCAUUCUAUCACUGUUUUAUAUUGGAGAAUGCUACUAUCUCUGAUAUCAAUGGAAUGGAGGUAUAAUGUUCAUAAUAUAAAUAUAUAUAAUAAUACUUAGGGGCAUAAAAUAAACAGAGUUUGUUUUUGUGGAUUUCAAAGAAUAAUGUCCACCAUUUCGCUUUAUAAAGGCACAUACAUUAUCAUUUUUCUUUUAACCUUUUUUGUGUCAAGUCGAAUAAUUGUAUGUCUUGGUUUUAUUUUUAUUGCAAGAGUGCUUUGAAGCUGGAUGCGUACGUUGAAUCGCUUGGCGGGUCGUCAGUUCUUCUUUAAUAACAGUGAGGCUGAAGUCCCUUAACUGCAUUCCACGCGGCAACAUCAGGAACCCAUUACGAUCAUUGACUGAAGAGCCACUGCUGAAAGGUUAACACACGUGCUAGGUUUUAAACAGUAUGAAUUAAACUUAUUGAGUUGUUUAUUGUCAUUCAAGGAUUACAUUGAAGCUCUGCUUGUGGCUAUAAAAGCUCUAAAAUACACACGUUUAUUUGGGUCCCAGUAACCUCACAACUGGAUUUAAUAAGGCAGAGUCGCCGUGCGUUUAUUAGUUAUUAAGUGAUUAACGUCAUUUUAAAAAGUUUUUCAGAAUUGUGGGUCAAGACAGAAGAUUUAUAGCGCCCAAGUACACACACACACACACACACACACACACACACACACACACACACACACACACACACACACACACACACACACACACACACUGAGAAAGAGGCGGACAGUGUGUACCUCCUAGACGCCGGAGCGGACUGCCUGUACAGAAGGAAUUUGACACGUUGGAGUCAGAGAGAAUAUAUAUGCAUAUAUGAAUAAAGUUUAAACUAAAGAAGAAAAAGGAAAUCUAUUUUAACUAUUGAAGAUCUUACCGUUAUUUCUUUUUUUCUUUCUGUCUCCCUGCUUUUUGCUGUGUAAAGACUGUUUAUUUUCUUUUUUGUAAGGUAUACCGACUGGUGGGAUUUGCACUUGUUGUCUGUAUUCCCUUUGGUAGAAGACGCUUGAGUUCUGGAGCACUGAAAGUUUUGCAUUGUGUUUAUCGUGCCAAUUAAAAUAUACCUGGAAAGCA